AUGGUGUGGUGCCAUUCGAGUGCAGUCGUAGAAGCGAAAGUCAGCCUGGAGAAAAGUGAGCAGGUGAGACUGCAAAUGUUCAAAAUGCAGCAUGCAGCUCAAUGUGUUUUCAUGAAUAUUUUUAUCUACUAUCUUUAUAGUUUGGUGAACUGGACAAUGGAGGAUGCGCCUCAGGUGCGGAGAGUUCUUACGGAAGCCCUUAAUGUGUGGGCUCGCAGUUCCAAGUUGACGUUUCGUGAAGUGUUAAGUGAUCAAGCCGAUAUUCAAGUUCUUUUUGCUAGGGGCGACCAUGGUGAUGGAUACAAAUUCGAUGGGCCUGGUAUGGUGCUUGCCCAUGCCUUCUACCCGGGAGUGGGACGUGGCGGUGAUGCGCAUUUCGAUGCCGACGAGAAGUGGCAAUUUAGCAGCGGCGAAAGAGGAGAUACAACAAAUUUUCUUGGUGUGGCAGUGCACGAGUUUGGACACUCUCUGGGCCUGGGACAUUCUUCCGACAAAAAUGCUAUUAUGUACCCGUGGUAUCACGAUAAUGAUGUAGAUAUAAAUCUUCCCGAUGAUGAUCGCAAUGCCAUUCAGCAGUUAUACGGUGCUAAAGAAAAGACAUGGGGCCCAUUCAAACCUCAGCCACGUCCAAAAACUACACCAACUACUACAACAACAACGCGUCGUCCUCUGGUUUACUACCCACAAUAUCCAAAUUAUCCACAAUAUCCGCAACAGCCACAUUAUCCAUCGUACGAUCCUUAUGAUCCACGUCGUCAGCCACCCUACAAUCCACAUCAUCGUAACCGUGAACCGCUCACCACCAGCACAACUACAACUACCACCACGUACAGACCACGUACGGAUUCACCGUCGGGUCCGACCAAGAAUUGGUCACAACGUCGUCACCCAACUAAGCCCAGAAAAUUAAAACCAGACACCUGCCAAACCAGCUAUGAUGCCAUUUCAAUUAUACGUCGCGAAACAUUCAUAUUCCGAGGACAGUUUCUUUGGCGAAUCGGAGAUCGUGGUCUUUAUCCAGGCUAUCCCACCGAAACUCGUCGUUUAUGGACUCAAUUGCCCGAAAAUUACACCAAAGUCGACGCUGUCUAUGAGAAUCACGAUCGUAAAAUUGUCUUCUUUAUAGGUCGUUUUUACUACAUCUUCGAUUCAGUUAACCUAGUUCGGGGCUAUCCGCAACCACUCACCUCUUUAGGUCUGCCAUCAUCACUAACCCACAUAGAUGCCGCAUUCGUUUGGGGCCAUAACAACCGCACCUACUUCACCAGUGGCACUUUAUACUGGCGAUUAGAUGACGACACUGGACGAGUCGAAUUGGACUACCCUCGAGAUAUGUCCAUAUGGCGCGGAGUAGGUUACAACAUAGAUGCCGCCUUCCAGUACAGCAAUCGCAAGACAUACUUUUUCAAAGGCUACGGCUACUGGGAGUUCAACGACGAUCUAAUGGAGGUAGCGCAUCCACGUCCAAAGCUCAGUGCACGUAAAUGGAUGAAUUGCCAGCGACGAGUCAACGAAGUAGACGAGGAACAAACAUGGACAGCACCACUCAUUUCGGAACGAAAUGAAACAAUGGAUGCAAAUUUGUCUGGCGGUACACGAGGAAUUUGGAAUCACGCUGAGCGGGGGGCCCUCCUCUGGGUUACGCUAUUGCUGACAGUGUGUUGGUGGUAUCCAGGUCUACUUUAAUAAGUUGUUAGAAUUUAGAAUCAACAUGCGUUCACACAUUGCCCAAUGUAUUACAAAUACACGCGGUCUAAACUAACUAGGCUUCAUUAACAAAGAAAAGCAUUCAUACAAAAACAUAUAAUUAGUCAUUUAGCCCAUUUAAAUUGCAUCCGAAAGCUUUGUCAUUUGACGGAAAGAUUUUUCGUUAUUCUGUUUUUAAAAUUAUUUACAUACACGCAUACAUUUUAUAUAUAUAAAUAGCACGUAUAAGAAUGAAUUCACCAUUGCAAUUUGAGAAAAGAAACUACUUCGAAGAUAAUAAAUCAAACAUUAUUUUAAAUAAGCAAAUAAGUCGUCAUGUUAGCUUAGUUGCAUACAUACUUAUAUAUAUAUACCUAAUUUUGGCGGUAUAAAACCACGUUUGUGUUUAGUAGCUUUUUUAUAUAAAUAUUUUAUGAUGAUAUACAUACAUACACUUAUUGAAAACAAGUAUUUUUAGCUAAAUCGAAAUUAGAUAACGGCAAAAUAAGAAGCGAAGGAAUAAAUGACGAAGCACAUCUUGGGUGUGUCCGAGCCAUGCAAAAAUUACCGCAAUAUCGCAGCCUUCUUACUUGUUUGAUACAAGUGCACACUCCGCUGCUGAUACUCAGAACGUGAUAUUUGAAAAACUUAGAAAUAAUGAUGGAAAUGCUAACAUAUUUAAUAACUGAUGCGAAUGCCAAGGCAAAAUUUGCACUAAAAAUUAAAAUUAAAGCGCUAUUAAAAGCUUUUCUAAAAUUUUCAUACAAUUAGAAAAACAUAGUUUUCCUUUUUUAAUGAAAUACAGGGUGGACCAUAUAGCGUUUGCUUUUUGAACCACCUAUUUUUUUGAGAAUGGUAACACGAAUGACAUGUCAAAUGUGUUCAUAAUUUACUUAAAGGUUUGACAUUUACGAAAUGGGGCGCUAUACGCUUGAACAAAAUUGGGAAAUAUUGAAAACCUAUUUCCAAAGUGGUGAGCCUUCUUCUUCUUUUCUGAUUUUCACAUCGGUGGCUACGUCAAUAAGCAAAAUUGUCGGAUUUGGUGAUCA